AUGCCAAUUGAAGCUUGCGCAAAUCCAUUGACAAUCAAAGCCUUUUCCCCAUAUGGGAGUAUAAUCUCACCAGGAGAAGAAGUCGCCAAACUUGAUCAGUCUGCGAAAAAUGCUAAUCAAGGUACGGCGAUAAAACUGCUGCAAGUCAGUAAAGUUCAGAAUCCAGCUCCCGUUAGCUGUCCACCAAACUGGAAUCUAUUUAGAUGUUUUCCUAAGCCACAUUUACAGGCUCGUUUCAAAGCAACGCAAUCCAGUAGGAAAGUGCAGCACUCGAUAAAUGUGCUGGAGAUGCACCCGCAUAGUUCACAGACUUUCUUGCCAAUGGGCCGCCCUGAAGAUGAAAUAUCUUACCUUGUGGUUGUUGCAUUGGAAUACAAGACCACAGCCAAGCCCGAUCUGUCAACAUUGAAGGCCUUUUUAUGCAGGGGAAAUCAAGCUGUUACUUAUGGUGCCGGAAUUUGGCAUGCGCCAAUGAUUGUCCUAGGCCAACAAGAGUACGUGGACUUUGGCGUAUUGAUAUAUGAGUUUUUAGAUGAGCAUGCACCAGAAAAGGACUGUGUUGAGACACAUUAUGCCGAUUCCGAGAUCACAAUUGAACUUUUUAUCGAUUAA